GACAACGAGCCAGCCAGCAUACAAAGACAUCAUGGAUUUGCUCGGUUCUAUUUUGGGAUCAAUGGAUAAGCCACCUGCAGUUUCGUCGCAAGAAAAGAAGCGGAGAGAAGCUGAAGUCAAACGAGCUGCAGAGGAGAAAAAGAAGAAGUCGAAGUUUAGAAAAGAAAUUGAACAGAAAGUCAGUGAGUUCAUACAAGACGGCUCAAGGACCAGACUCAGCUUCGAGCCAAUGGAAAAGGUUUACAGAAGCAUCGUGCAUGAUGUAGCAGAUGUCGCUGGAUUGACAUCAUUCUCAUUUGGUGAUGAAGACAUUGAUCGUUACAUCAUGCUGUUUAAGAAAGAACACUUACCAAGUGACGAAGAACUCGAGGCAUUGAGAAGUGGAAAAGAAUAUGAUCCAUCACUAAAAGUCUCUCAAGCAUUCGACGCAGCGACCGAUCUUGAUGAGUCUCCACAGCAACAGACCAAGAGACACAAGUCUGGUGAUGACCAAUCAGUUUCUUCUCAUUAUCAUGACAAAUACAAAUCAAUUCUUGGUGACAAAAGUGCCAAAGGGGCGGCAGUCAUAACGACGCCAAAUAAGGCGUUUGGCUACGUGCCGAGCGAGAACAAGAAAGACCAACGAUCAAUCGAACAGACGCUUAACGAUAUCAAGCAGAGAAAACGGCAACAAAAGCAAGACAACUAACACAAUUA